AUGUUGGAACGCAGCCUGCAUGUCUGCGGACGUAGCGGACAAAGCUAAUGUAAAUAUGGGUUUGAACGUUAUCGACCAAAGAAUUUACUGUGAGGCGUCAGUCUCUUUCUACAUAAAAAUAUUACAUUGGGUUGUAAAUACUGAACAAACAUUUAUCCCUGUUAGGGAGGGCUUUUUCCCCCCCUCAAUAGUAUAACCUAAACACGCAUUUUAACUGCGCAUUAACUGAUUCCAAAGUAUUCCUGUUAAAAAAAAAGAGAGCGAUAAAAGGGAAUACCAUACAACCUUUUGGUUUUAAACUUUAAGUCAACGAGAUGAGAUUGUAUCAUCUUAUUUAAAAGUAAUCUCGACGAUCCUCGCUUUAAACUAAACAUCUGCAAGUUGCAACUGAGUGCAUAACUAUGCCUAACUAUUUAUAUUAUUAUAAUGUGUUGCAAUGAAAUCUUAAUGUGGAGGGUUUUGUUAUUAUUAUUAUUAUUUUUGCUCUAAAUGUGUGGGAAAAGUCACCGUGUGGUUUGCAUAGGCAGUUGAGGGUUUAAAAAAAAAAAAAAAAAAAAAAGUCACGCCUCAUAAUCAAUGUAGUUCACAUAUUUAUCCAUAAGAGGGGGCAAGAAGAUAAUCACUUUACAACUUGUUUCUGUUCGGUUGCAGACGAUUAUGUCUGCCACAGUUAAUACAUGUAGGAACUUUACGUACGCGUACAGUUUAUAAAAGGUAAUAUUUGGUUGGUCAUCACUUGGAAUGAUCAAGUUCACGUAGCAGACAAAAUUAGUUUUAGAAAAAACAUGAUGGAAAGUACGACUGAAGGGAAGAUCAAGAAGCCAUUUCCCCGAAGUAAGGCAAUCAUAAAAACACAAUUAACAAUCUCAAGUUAGUUUGCAGCAUCUAUUUUUCAAAUAGUCAUUUAAAAGCACCAGAAAAUGCAACAUUUUAAACACCAGGAAUAUAAAAGCACCAAUAAAGACACAAAAUCCCACAAUACUUCUCUCAAUAACAACCCCCCAAAAAAUGACAAAUGGUGCGUUGAAAGCACAUAGUAAAACCCCCAGACGACACAUAGUUUAAUUUUACAGUUUUAGAACUACCUACAGCAAAACAAAGAUAAAAACGAUUUGCAAGAAAUAAAGAAGGAAAAUAACACUUAUAAAGAAUGUUAAAUGGCAUGUGCUUGUAUAGCGCUUUUAUCAAUGAAGUCCAGGGGACCGCAAAGCGCUUCACACUAUUUACAAGCUAAAAAUACUAUUAACCUGUUGAUCUCGUGUUUUUCACUUUUUCCCAGUAAAAAUACUUAAACAGUUGUCAAAAUUCAGUUACGUUUUACAGAUAUUCCCUUAAAGAAAUGUAUACUCUUUACUAUUCACAGAACCUGAAAGGAAUGGAUUCUUAUCCCUCUGCGCAGUCAGGAGGUCAUCUGAUUAGUCGCAGAUUCAUUGUAUUGCACGACAAUGACUUCAGGCAUUCAGCCGGAGUAAAAAAAAGGCCAGUCCUGCAGCAGAUCAAAGAGAUCUAUAGAUCUAUCAUCUCAACUUGAUCACACAAACUGCUGCUAGGUGAUCCAGUCUGCAUUUAUGCAGAAUCCCAACUUCAGGAACCCGAACUGGUCAGAAUGCAUGCAUAUAUUAUUUAAAGCACAUCCUCAUUUCACCGGUGAUCAGAACUGUGAGCUACAGCGUAUUUAGGAUGCCGUGCUUGUCUUUUGCAAUUUGACGAAACAGUUCCGAUUUUCUCAUUUCUGUUUAUUAGAAAACAAAUCCACUACGGGCACCAAUAUGAUGUGUCAGGCACCUGAUGAUGAUGGGUGGGGGAUAUUUGGGUGAGGCGGUCCUGCAACAGUUUUCCGGUCUGCGAGGAGAUUAAAAGCGACAUGAGAGCGACUGCGAGCCAUGUGCAUCUCUCUCUCCCCAUCCUCCCAGCCACAAUAAACACUGAUGUGUGACAACCGUCCACGUGGGCUGAAGUGGCCCGCAGAGGGACGACUUCACUCUGCUGCAAGUGCGCAUGAGGACGGACGGCGGUGGAUGCUUCCAAUAGGGCGCACGGCUGCUAUACAGCAUGAAGUCCAAACGCCCAGCAUCUGAGGGUCCCGGGGCGCCACGGUGACAGAUAUGGAUCACUUCUUUCGGAGAAAGCGGGCAGGUUUGGUGAAGUUCUUGCUGAGUCUCUCCCUGGUUUUGGCGUCUAUUCUGAUGAUUCUCAAGCUGAACCUGUCGGGAAAAGACGCAGCGGGCUUAAAAGACGCGCGGUACGCGAGCUGGUGCGGCUCGGACUGUUUUCCUUCAACACAGUCCGAUUUCUGGAGACUAAAUGCCGCGGCGCAAAGCAACAGAGUGAACUCGCAGCGGGCAGCGACCGGCUGGGACGUACAAGUUCUCAACUGCAGCGAGGACGAAUUGGUGAAGAGCCAGGGCUGGUUCCAGCGUCUGGACCCGAGGUUUCACCAGUUUGUCCUGCACAGACACUGUAGGUACUUCCCCAUGCUCAUCAACCACCCGGAGAAAUGCGCGGACGGAGAGGUGCACCUCAUCAUGGUGAUCAAGUCCGUUAUCGAGCAGCACGACCGGCGGGAAGCUGUGCGUAAAACCUGGGGCAAGGAGGGCACAGUUAACGGAAAGAAGAUCAAAACUAUAUUUCUCCUCGGAACUCCGACAACAGGUAAAGACACUAAGAACCUCCAGAAACUGAUCGAGUACGAGGAUCAGAUCUACAAAGACAUCCUGCAGUGGGACUUUAUGGACACCUUCCUCAACCUGACCCUAAAGGAGGUGAAUUUCCUCAAAUGGUUCAACAUCUACUGUCCCGGGGCGCAGUUCAUAUUCAAAGGAGACGACGACGUGUUUGUGAACACGCACAACCUGCUGGAGUUCAUUGGCUACAAGGUGGACGAUGGCAAAGACGCCGACUUGUUUGUGGGGGACACGAUCGCCAAGGCGAUCCCCAUCCGGAACCGCCAGAGCAAAUACUACAUACCCAAAGAGCUCUACGACAAGCCGUACCCGCCCUACUUAGGGGGUGGCGGGUUCGUGAUGUCCUCCCAGAUGGCCAGGAGGCUCUUCGCGGCCUCGGAGGACGUGGAGCUGUACCCCAUCGACGACGUGUUUUUAGGGAUGUGUGUCAAGAGGCUGAACGUGGCUCCGGAGUUGCACGCAGGCUUCAGGACAUUCGGCAUCACCAGACAAAAGGCGAGCUCCAUAAACACGGAGCCGUGCUUUUACAAGAGCCUCAUCGUUGUGCACAAACUGAGCGCGCAGGAGCUGCUCAGGAUGUGGAGCGCAGUGCACGACAAGGAUCUGGUUUGCGCACAAAGGACCUUUAUAUGAAGGACCCCCCAGCAGGCUAUGAAAUCAACUUGUAGUUGAUCAAUACAUUCAUUAAAUCGUCCGGAGGUUUUCUUUAUUAUUAUUCCGACUGUAUUCGAUCUUCAACGGAUUGAGUGGAGAGAAACUCAGUCGGUGUUCUCUGAGUGCCAGAUAAAACUGUUCACAACCUGACUGACCGAACACUGUGGACCCUAAGUGGACCUCUUUUGGUUUAUUUGUAAUUUGUAAAACCACUACAGCACCAACAUUUUCAAAUUCAGUUUGUGCCAUUUACUAUCCUCAAGUCCUAACCUGAGAGACACUUUAUUAUGGACUUUGGGGGAGCAGUUUUUAAAUUUGCAGGUUAAAACGUGACUCUUUCCAUCACUCCUCUGUUCCGGCAUUUCCUGAGAUUUUAUUCUCUAAUUUCAUGACUUUAUAAACUAGGCAUGGGCUGGCACCAAAUUCCAAUGAUAUGAGACGACCUUAAGAAAAACUAUUAUGGAAUCAUACUGACACAAAAAAUAAACCUAAGAUCUCUAACUAGACCCAUUGGUAUUAAUUUAAAACAGGAAAUCAAGUUAUCCCUUCUACUCCCAAUAUAAUUGAAACAUUGAUGUGUAGCAAAUGUAGCCGGCUUAUAAAAAAAGAAUAUACAUUUAUUUAUAUUUGUUUACAUUGCAAAUUUCUUUCAGCUAACUGACAGCUAACACCUUUCAGCUAACACCUGUUGCAGCAACAUGUGUGGGAAGGGCACUGCUUUGUUAGUCUGCACACCAUUCAGCAGGAGAACAUUCUUAUUUUUUUUUUAAAAUUACACUAUCAGGACACUGUGAUUAAAAAUGUAAAAAAAAAAAGAAGGUAUAUGUUAAACAGCUACGGUCUUAAAGCCAUAACUGUCGAAAAUCAUACCACUGCCUUGCUCAUGCCUAAUUUUAGCUGCAAAGGGAACUUAAUAGGUUUAGAACAAAACCUAUUGAGGACAAACAGUAGUUAUUUAAUUAUUUUACAAUGUAUUGUAAAAAUGUAAAAAAAAAAAAAAAGAGAGAGAGAGAGAGAAAAUUGUGGAAGUCAAUAUGGUUUAUGUUUGACGUAAUUUCUUUGUUUUUGAUUAAGAGAGAGUAGGCCCAAGACCAAAGAAAAAGGAACUAAUGUUAAUAGCUCCUGCACUCUGUGAAAAUAAAACUGGAAUCCCCAAGUCACUUUGUAAAAUGUA